CCUGGAUGACAGAGCAAGAUCCUGUCUCAAAACAGCAACAACAACAACAACAACAAAAAUCCCAAGGCACAGCUAGUGAGCGGCAGAGCCAGAAUUCCAACCAAAGUCUGUCUUGUAGACUUCAAGUCUCCUUUACCUUUCAAGGCAUUCCGUCACCUCACCCUCCUCCCCAGAGGCCACCUCAUUCAUGUGUGCUCUGUCUUCCAGAAACCCUUCCAACCACGAAGAUGGCUCAGACCAACCCUACGCAGGGGUCCCUGGGGCCAUGGAAGAUAACCAUCUAUGAUCAGGAGAACUUUCAGGGCAAGAGGAUGGAGUUCACCAGCUCCUGUCCAAAUGUCUCUGAGCGCAGUUUUGAUAAUGUCCGGUCCCUCAAGGUGGAAUGUGGCGCCUGGAUUGGUUAUGAGCAUACCAGCUUCUGUGGGCAACAGUUUAUCCUGGAGAGAGGAGAAUACCCUCGCUGGGAUGCCUGGAGUGGGAGUAAUGCCUACCACAUUGAGCGUCUCAUGUCCUUCCGCCCCAUCUGUUCAGCUAAUCAUAAGGAGUCUAAGAUGACCAUCUUUGAGAAGGAAAACUUUAUUGGACGCCAGUGGGAGAUCUCUGAUGACUACCCCUCCUUGCAAGCCAUGGGUUGGCCCAACAACGAAGUCGGCUCCAUGAAGAUACAAAGUGGGGCCUGGGUUUGCUACCAAUAUCCUGGAUAUCGUGGGUAUCAGUAUAUCUUGGAAUGUGACCAUCACGGAGGAGACUAUAAACAUUGGAGAGAGUGGGGAUCUCAUGCCCAGACUUCCCAGAUCCAAUCGAUUCGCCGAAUCCAACAGUAGCUGAUUAAAAGCUCCAAGUACGAUAAUUCCUCAAGCAUGAGACCUUGCUAAGCACUCUAGAAUGAGUUUUAUGUUCUGCUCACAGACAUUGCUUUCAAAUGUUAGCUGCUGAAAUCCACAAUAAACGUCAUU